UCUAAACACAAUGUUGCGUCUAACGUUCUGCCUGCUGAUCUGCGCUACUGUGGCUUUGGCCCAGCGCCGCGUUGUGCGUCCUGUGUACUCCACCGGCAACGCUGGCGAUGGACAGUACCGUCCCAGCAACGACGGCCAGUACCGUCCCGAUAGCUCUGGCAGCGGAAACGACGGCCGCUAUGUGCAUGUGGAUAACAAGUACAAGCACGACGCUCGUCUCGAUGGCGGCUACAAGGGUAAAAAUAUUCCCUAUGUGCCACACAAGGAGAAGUUUAUUCCAACCCCACCCACUCCUCGUGUACGUGUUGCUCCCACAUACAAGCCCGCUCCCCCACAGGCACCCGCUGCUGUCUUCGUUGACUUGCCCCAAGGCAAGGGACGUGGUGUUGGCAAGAAUGGCGAUCUCAUCCUGCGUCAGAAUGGUGCUGUAGACACUGUUGGAUUCAACUACCUCUACGAGACUGAGAACGGUAUUCUGGGUGAGGAAGCCGGCAAGAUUGAGAAGCAAGACUCUGGUGAGUCUCUGCGCACCAAGGGAUUCUACGAGUACACUGGCGAUGAUGGCAAGCUCUAUCAUGUGGAUUAUGUUGCUGAUAAUGGUGGCUUCAUUCCAGUCGGUGCUCACAUUCCCACUGUGCCACCACAUGUUCCCCGUCUGUUGGAAUAUCUGCGCACCCACGGUGCUUUGUAAGCCAAAUGUUUGUUUGUUUGCAAAUGUUCGAUAGUUAUAAUAAAAAG